CACUUGAUCUUCUGCCUGCGGCUGCAGUGGGUUUGGGAGCGCUGGCUGUCCGUCAGCUUUGUUUGGAUUAAAUCUCAGCUCAGAAAGGCUCAAAACAAACCUGCAGCAUCAUUUAUGGUUUGCAAUGAGUGAUCCGGCCUGAACAGAUCUGUGGCACGGAUGGGAUGWAGUCAGGAGGGCAGCAGCUCCGAAGAGACGGAGGCAGAAAUGGAUUUCUGUGGAGGUUCAGAGAAGAGCCGAGCUGGAGGAGGGAUGCUGCCGUUUCUCACCCAAAAGGAGUCCCAAACGCAACAAGAUUAUGAAGAUUUGACAGAUCUGCUGGGAGGAAAAACCCCGCGGCUGCAAACUGAAAGCCAGGAUUAGCCGCCUUUCCCCUUCGAGUCCUCUGGCCCCGGCCCGGACCAUGGGGCUGGAGCACCGGCGGCGGGCGUCCCUGGCUCUCACCCUCAACUUCGUGGCUCUAGCCUUCGCCGUGUCGGCGGUGACCACCAGCUACUGGUGUGAGGGCACCAGGAAGGUGGCCAAGCCCUUCUGCACGGGACCGCCCGUGCAGGAGAAGCAGCUGUACUGCAUCCGCUUCAACAGCUCCAACCUGAACGACAGCCGACAGGUGCAGUACAUCUUCGAGACGGGAGAGGAGAAGUUCAUCAUGAGGAGGUUCCACACCGGGAUCUUCUUCUCCUGCGAGCAGGCCGUCGACAUGAACGGUUUCGACUGUCGAAGCUUUGCAGAGAUCGCACCUGAACACCAACGAGGCGUGCUGUGGCUGUGUGUGGUGGCAGAGAGCCUGUACCUCAGUCUGCUCUUCACCGGCGGCUUCCUGAUGAUCCUGGAGCAGUGUCCCUGCUUCAGCAUCAUGAACAAGCUGAAGCUCAGUGCCUUCGCUGCCAUGUGCACCGCCCUCUCAGGCCUUUGUGGGAUGGUGGCCCACAUGAUGUUCACCACCAUAUUCCACCUGGCCGUCUCUAUGGGACCAGAGGACUGGAGGCCCAAGACCUGGGACUACAGCUGGUCUUAUGCCUUGGCGUGGUGCUCGUUCGGCACCUGCAUGGGCUCGGCGGUGACGACGCUGAACAGGUACACGAAGACCAUCAUCGAGUUCAAAUACAAGCGGCACAACAUCGAGAAGAACCUGCUGAUCAAGCAGAAAAUGGUGGAGCUGGGUCUGCCCGAGCACAUGUGGGACAUGUACGUGAGCUCGGAGCCGGCCCAGGCAGAAAUCCCCUCAGAGCCUCUGGUGAACGGACACAAGCCCCCCACGGGGACGCCGUGCGUCUUCCAGGACGUGGAACCAGAACAUGGCGAGGCCUACUGCUGAAGACCACUCCAGGUUCCUCCUGGAUGAUUAAUCUAACGUUAAUCCAGCGUGUUUUUAUUCCCGCUUCAGAGAAAAGGGCUGCAGACCUGCAGGAGGAGGAGCCUCUGCAGGACCCGCCUUCUUUUUUAUCCAAACUAACUUCCUGCUGAAGCUGAGCACAGCUGAAAGAGACAAACAUCUGACUCAUCUGAACCCAGAUCUCACAAAUUAAAGUCUUAUUUUUAAAACAAA